AUGCGCUUAGGCGUUCGCAGUGGAAUGAUCACUGGGAAGGAUCUUCAUGAUGCAGCUGUGGCUUUGGGUCUUACCAGGUUCUCCUUGCAAGACGUGAACACUUUGGUCAACAAGCUUGCAGACUUUGUAGAUCUGGAACUGGAACACCGGGACACAAAGGCUCGAGUGGCUCGAGUAGCUAGGACCAGCAACACAGCGACUACUCGCAGAUCUGGCAUGGGGUCUACUCGGGAGCAUGGGACCAAUAUUGGUGGUGAUCUCAAAAGUUUAAAGCCACAAUGGAAGUGGCCGGACGAUGCAAAUGAAGUGGGCUUUUGGAGGUCCAGAACUCCUGCAGAGAAUCCUGCUCGACAGUGGAAUGUUGUUCCUUUUCGUGCCUUGGUUUUGGCCUUUGUUUUGGAUGCUGAUGCAAGGAAGAUCUUCGGGUCAUCCGCUGAGCAUUUUUGGGCAAUGAAAGAGAUCCUACUCGCGAGUGACACAAACCGGCUUGUUGCAGAACUCACAUUUGUUCGCAUCAAUGACCUGGCAGCUCCUCAGACUGCGCGGGAUCCCUUCUUGUUCCUUGAGCCCUUUGUUGCGAUUAUGAUCACCAUCAAUGCUGUGCUCUUAGGAGGCACCCGGGAAUGGCAUUGCGGGGCGAUCUUGGGAGCCGAGGAUGAAGCACUCCAGGAGUGGCCCGGCUGGCCCUGGAUCGAGCUGGGCUUCACGGCCUUUAUGUUCUGUGAGGCCUUCAUCAGGCUUUGGAUACUUGGGCAGCAAGAGUACUUCUGUGGAAUUGAGUCCAAUUGGAACUAUUUCGACCUCUUCCUGCUUGUCACCAGCAUUGAAUUACAAUUGAUGGUGAAGGGCCUCCUGGGUGGGCUUCGAACCCUCGUGUGCGCAUUUGCAUUGCUCUUCGUGGUGCUCUAUAUCAUUGCGGUCUUCGCCACGUUCACCAUUGGUCGUGCACCCGACCUGGAUGGCAACUUGCAAAUUCUUUUCAGGUCUGUGCCCUCGACCAUGUUCACGGCUUUCCGCUGCUACUCUGGCGAGUGCAUAACUGAAGAGGGCUUUCCAGUUGCGUUGCUGCUCUCUGAAAAUGACCAGUUCGGAAUGAUUUUUGUGCUGCUCUACGUUGCAGGAUACAUGCUGGUGACCAUGGGCAUCUACAACGUGAUCCUCGCUGUUUAUGUGGAUAUCACAAUGAAGGCAGCACGCGAGAACGAGGCGAGGACGAGUGAGCAACAUGAACGAGAGUCCAUCCGGGUGGCGAAGUUCAAGAUGGCAGAUGAAGCACGCCGCCGCGAUAUGGACAACGACGAAGAAGAGGACACCACUAUUCAAAUCUUCGUCUAG